UUCGCACUUCCCUCGCCCAACUUCAUAAGGUCUCCUCCAACUCUCAAUUAGUUCACAAAGCUGCUUCCUGCGCCCUGCCCCCACGUGACUCCCUUAGCUAGCAUCCCCCCCGCAGCUCUUGCGUUCCAGCAUUAGGUGUCCAUGCUGGCACCAAGCCUGGUCUCUGCAGUUGGACUCUCCAACCACACCUUCCCUGGGGAGCACUGUUGGGGGCGGGGCUCCAAGGUUGCUCCCUGCUGAGUCCAUCUUGCAUGUCCAGCAGAUAAAGUACCCAGGCUGCCAAGAUGCCAGGCCCAAGACCUCGGAAGGGUCCUCAAGCCAGUGGCCAGGGGGUGGCAGCUGCCAAGCAGCUCGGGCUCUUUGUGGACUUCAACCCUGAGGACAUGCUGCUGGGACUGGAGAGUGACGAUGGGGACCUGGAGGCCGAGCUGCUGGCCCUCACUGGAGAAGCAGGGACCGCAAGCAGGAAGCCGGCACCCAAGGGGCAGGCUCCCCUGCCCAUGGCCCACAUCGAGAAGUUGGCAGCGGACUGUAUGCGGGAGGAGGAGGAGGAGGAAGAGGAGGAAGGGCUGGAGGAGGAUGCAGACCUGCUGAAUGAGCUGCAGGAGGUCUUGGGUGAGGAGGAGACGGCUGCGGCUCUGGAUGGUGACAGUGGGGAGAAGGCAGACAGCCUGGGCAGCCCUGAGGAGAAGGGGCAGGAAAACGUGGACCCGCCCAUGCAAACAGCCUUCCUAAUGGCUCCAGGCCCUGCCGCUCAGGCUGGACGGGCUGUGGGGCUGCAGGCUCUGUUGGAGGAACGGAUCCACAACUACCAGGCUGCUGUGGCCAGCGCCAAGGAGGCAGGGGAAGCGGCCAAGGAGAGGCGCUGUGAGCGAGGCUUGAAGACUCUGCAGUCCCAGCUGGCAGCAGUGAGGAAAGGCAGAAAGAUCAAUGAGGAUGAGAUCCCGCCUCCAGUCGCAUUGGGCAAGAGGCCCCCAGCCUCCCAGGAAGCCGCCACCACGAGUCCUGAGACAGAGCCCCCGGAGCCCCCAGGACUCCCCGCCGUACAACCAGAUGCCCCACCCCCACCCAAGACAAACCCUCUGGGCAGCCCUGGCGUUCCUGCCCCACUUAAUUCAGACCCAAACCCCCGGGACCUGCUGUCGACCCGACAGAGAGAAUACAAGCUGGCUGCGCUCAGUGCCAAGCAGGCUGGGGAUCUGGACCGGGCACGAGACCUCAUGAGGAUUGGGAAGAGGUUUGGGGCCGUGCUGGAGGCCUUGGAGAGGGGGCAGCCCGUGGACUGGAGUGACAUGCCCCCUGCACCUGAGGACCUGAAGCCGCAGCCUUCAAAGGCCCGCACAGCCCCCUCUCUCAUGCCUCCGGCAGUGGAGCGCAUGCAGCCUGUGAUGGCCCCCGACAUCCCAGUGGCCCCAGAGGGCCCCGCAGAGCCACAGACCGUGCUCGAUGCCCUGCAGCAGAGGCUGAACAAGUACCGGGAGGCGGGUGCCCAGGCCCGGGGCAGCGGGGACGAACGCAAGGCCCGGAUGCACGAGCGCAUUGCCAAGCAAUACCAAGAUGCCAUGCGAGCACACCGGGCAGGGCGGAAAGUUGAUUUUGCUGAGCUGCCCGUUCCUCCAGGCUUUCCCCCGAUCCCUGGCCUGGAGCCUGCCCCAGCCUCCACGGAGGACGUCAUGGCAGCCACCCUCGCAGCUGCGCAGAAGCUGGCUGCCUCGGAGGAUACAGCAGCAGCUGAGGAGGAGGAGGAGGGGGAGGAGGCAGAGUCCCCAGCCCAGGCCCCAGUGGCAAAGCAGCCAACCCAGCCGCUGGCCCCUUCAUCCCGGCCGCUGCCUGAGCCCAAGGUCUCGAGUUCUAAGGAGUCACUGAGUCCAUCUGUGCGGGAGCAACUGGCCCUGCUCGAGGCCCGGAAACUGCAGUACCAGAGGGCAGCCCUGCAGGCCAAGCGUGGCCAGGACCUGGAGCAGGCCAAGGCCCAUCUGCGGGCAGCCAAAGGCCUGGAGGCCCAGAUCACCCAGGUCCGAGCUGGCCGCCCCAUCAACCUCUCCAAGGUGCCUUCACCCUUGACGGAUGAGGAGGGCGACUUCAUCCUCAUCCACCAUGAGGACCUGAGGCUCUCCCAGAAGGCCGAGGAGGUCUAUGCCCAGCUACAAAAGAUGCUUCUGGAGCAACGCGAGAAGUGCCUGCUGUUCUCCAAGCAGUUCAUGCACCAGGGCAACGUGGCAGAGACCACCCGGUUUGAGAAGCUCGCUCAGGACCGCGGAAAGCAGCUUGAGAUCCUGCAGCUGGCCCAAGCCCAGGGCCUGGACCCUCCCAGCCACCACUUUGAGUUGAAGACAUUCCAGACUGUACGGAUCUUCUCAGAACUCAACAGCACGGAAAUGCAUCUCAUCAUUGUUCGGGGGAUGAACCUCCCUGCCCCUCCAGGGGUGACCCCUGAUGACUUGGAUGCUUUUGUGCGGUUUGAGUUCCACUACCCUAACUCGGACCAGGCCCAGAAAAGCAAGACAGCUGUGGUGAAGAACACCAACUCUCCAGAAUUUGAUCACCUCUUCAAACUAAAUAUCAACCGAAACCACAGGGGCUUCAGGAGGGUGAUCCAAAGCAAAGGAAUCAAGUUUGAAAUCUUCCACAAAGGGUCCUUCUUCAGAAGCGACAAGCUCGUCGGCACCGCCCACCUGAAGCUGGAGCGACUGGAAAGCGAGUGUGAGAUCAGAGAGAUUGUGGAGGUCCUGGAUGGAAGGAAGCCCACUGGGGGGAAGCUGGAGGUAAAGGUGAGGCUGCGCGAGCCUCUGAAUGGCCAGGACAUGCAGACGGUCACCGAGAACUGGCUGGUCCUGGAGCCCCGGAGCCUGUAGGUGGGCAACUCUGGACCUGCAGAAUCUUCGCCCCCUUGCUCUCUUGCCAGGGCUCCAAGGGACCCUUUACUCCCUGGGGACACAGACUAGGAGUUUCCCAGGUUCCUUAACUAGACCUGGGAUGGGAAGUUCUCCUUCGAAGGUUGGUCUUCAGAGCAGCCUUUCUAAAAGCCUGUACUGGCACUGCAGCUGAGACUCCCGGGCUGUGCCUUGUGCCCGUGCAGCAAGUGGCCAUGCUGGGAGGAGUCAGUGAGUAAGCGCCGGCUGGAGCCUGCUUGUCCCAGCUCUGAAGCUGUGGGAGCGUUUGUACCCAGGGAGCUGCUGCUCCCACAAGUAACCAAAGACUCCUCUGUACGUGCACCACUGACCACAGCCCGGGCCUGCCUGGGCAGCUUUCUCCCCAGACCUCCCAGCUCCCUCCCGUGUGGGGCGAAGGCCGGGACGCACCCUUGCUGUACCCGAGGUUUGCAGCCUCACCUUUUCUCCCCUGCAUAGCAGUAAUUGUGUGUAGCUUACACCAGCCCCAGCUGCACAUUUUUAGGUGUGCCUUUACAAGAUACAACUGUGUGGGAUGGGAGAACACCAGGGUGAUCUGGGACACGCCCCCUUUCAGGAUUGGGGCAGGGUCCAAGUGACAGCCCAUCCCACGCGACUCAGUUUACCCAGCUCUGCCUGUGCCUUUGUUCCUGAGAGCUGCUGCAUUCGCCUUCUUGCUUCCCUCCCAGAGGGUGGAGGAGGUGGCUUUAGGUUCUACUAAGUGGGAAGUAAUUAACUGGAGAAAAAGAAAAAAUAAAUAUAUAUAUAUA